GAUUAGCCAUGGCAGUGGCAGCCAGGAAAGGCAGGACUACAGCCUCCCCACACACCGGCAUCACCACCACGGUUUGGCCGGGCUCCCUGGACAGCUGGCUUAGCUGGAUCCCGCUACCCAAAUGGGCGCUCAUCACUGUGGCUGUGGCAGGGGCCAUCCUCCUCCUUCUCUUCCUCAUCUGCAUCAUCAAGUGCUGCUGCACCAAGAGGAAGCCCAAGAAGAAGGAGAGAAUUGGCUUGUGCGUCGUCAGCAACCCCACCACGAUCAACCUUGUCCAGCCCGAGAUGGAGGACCUGGAGCGGGAAGUAGAGCAGAAGAGGCGAGGAAAGCUGCAAUACUCCCUGGAGUACAACUUCCGCAUGCAGGAGCUGAAGGUUGGCGUGAAGCGGGCAGUUGAGCUGAAGGCCAUGGACAGUGGAGGCACAUCUGAUCCAUAUGUGAUUGUCUACCUAACAUCCGAUAGGAAGAAGAGAUAUGAGACCAAAGUUUACCGCAAAACCCUGAACCCCAUCUUCAAUGAGAGCUUCACUUUCCAGGUACCCCAGGCUGAGGUGUCUGAAUCCACACUGGUGAUGCAGGUCUAUGACUUCAACCGCUUUUCCAAGCAUGACAUCAUUGGUGAGGUCCGGCUGCCCCUGGCCAGUGUCAACCUGCAGCAUGUCAUCGAGCAGUGGAGUGACCUGGCGGUGGCCAGUAAAGUGGAGGAAGAGCAUCUGGGUGAGAUCUGCUUCUCUCUGCGCUACGUCCCCAGCACUGGCAAGCUGACGGUGCUCAUCCUGGAAGCCAGGCAGCUGAAGCGGAUGGACUCUGAUGGACUCUCAGAUACUCCAGCUUUGGGCAGUACUGGAGGUGUCUCCCAGGAGGAGAUGCCAUGGCUGGAUUGUACAGGCAGCUUGGCAGGAGGAAAUCCUUUUGUCAAGGUGCAUCUCAUACUGAACAGGAAGAAAUGGAAGAAAAAAAGGACAAGUGUGAAGAAAAACACUUUAAGCCCUUACUUCAAUGAGGUGUUUGUUUUUGAGGUGCCUUUCAGUCAGAUCCAGCAUGUGGACGUGGUCAUCUCCGUCUGGGAUCAUGACAAAGUGACCAAGAAUGAGCCCAUCGGCAAACUCUUCCUGGGCUGCCGAGCCACAGGCAACCAGCUGCGGCACUGGUCCGACAUGCUGUCCAACCCACGCCGGCCCCUUGCCCAGUGGCACAUCCUGCAGCCCCCGGAGGUGGUGGACAAAGCCCUGGGACUGAAGUCCCACCUCAAGCUGCCCCUGCACUCCAGAUAG